CACUGCUCCUCCAGCAUGUUUUCAAUGAAAGCUUUCUCUUUUAUCUCUCAAACAGAGUUUCAUACUCCCAAAUUUCCCAACCUUAAGCCCACCAAAACCCUGCACCCACUGUUCAUCCAUUUGCGCAAACUAAAUCCUCUCCCUUUCCAAACAACCAAACUCUGUACUUCCUACAAACCCACUUCAACAACUAAAACCUCUUUUGUCUCUCCCAAGACCCAGUUUUUCAAAUCGUUGUCAGAAAAAGUUGUUAUCUUCCUUGUUGGGUCCUUCAUUUUUAUGGGUUGUUUCAGUGCUAAACCAUGUUUGGCUCUUCCUGCUCAAACACCUUCCAGCUCUAGACUAAAUUCAGAGGGAAAGAAAGAAACCCAGAAGGGGAAAAGUGAGGAAGAGGAGAGGUAUGAGAAACUUUUGGAGAAAGAGCCUCGAAAUGUUGAGGCUUUGAAGGUGCUUUUGUAUGCCAAGAUUAGGAGGGGGAAGACUGAAGAAGCCGUGGAGUGUGUGGAGAAGUUGAUCGAUAUCGAGCCAGAUGAGGUUGAAUGGAGGCUAUUGCAUGCUCUUUGUUAUGAGAUGAUGGGGCAGCUUAACAGAGCUAAAAGACUGUUCAAGGAAAUAUUGGAGGAUACCCCUCUUUUGCUCCGAGCUUUGCAUGGUCUGGCUAUGGUGAUGCACAGAAACCAUGAAGGUCCAGCUAUUUUUGAGAUGCUUAAUGAAGCACUAAAAGUUGCUAUCCGUGAAAAUAGAGUCACCGAGGAAAGAAACAUAAGAAUUUUAAUUGCACAAAUGCAUGUUGUGAAGGGUGAAUUGGAGGAGGGAAUGAAGAAAUUUCAAGAUUUGAUAAAUGAUAAUCCUCGAGAUUUCCGGCCUUAUCUUUGCCAGGGAAUCAUAUAUAGUUUACUUGACAAGAAGAAGGAAGCAGCUGAACAAUUUGAGAUAUAUCAGAGUCUUGUACCCGAAGAAUUUCCACAGAGAGGGUUCCUUGAUGAUGUUGUACUGGAAGCGAAAACCAAAUCUCGGAAGUGGCUCCAAAGAGAUUUUAAAGUUGAGUUCUCAUACAAGAAGUAAAAGAAUGGACAAAUCCCAAGGAUUAUCAAUAUAGUUCUACACCUGUAUCCUGUUUUUGCACUGCCAUGAAAGACGUAGGUCCGGGAUCCCUGGAAGAUAUCAAAUAUGUUGGUCGAGGACCAGCGGCUGCUACUGCCACUGGUUUACUCAUGAUUCGC